GCGCGUUUUUCGAUAAGUCGCCCGGUUGACUGAGUCCACGCCAUGUGAUGCAAGCCUCGAUUUGUUUUGAUCUCUUUCCGCGGAAAUCCAGUGAAAACAUACAGGAAAAAGGAAAGCAUGUCCAAACCAAUAACAUUUGUCACUGGCAACGCCAAGAAACUCGAAGAAGUCGUUGCAAUUUUGGGCCCAUCGUUUUCUCGUCAGCUCAUUGCCAAGAAGAUUGAUCUGCCUGAACUACAAGGUGAGAUUGAGGAGAUUGCUCAGAAGAAAUGUGAAGAAGCCAGUCGACAAGUGAAGGGCCCAGUCCUAGUGGAAGACACUGCUCUGUGCUUCAAUGCCAUGAAAGGACUGCCCGGGCCCUAUUGCAAGUGGUUCCUGGAGAAACUGGGUCCCGAGGGACUCUGGCAAAUGCUUGAGGGAUUCAAGGAUUACUCAGCAGAAGCCGUGUGCACAUUUGCCUUCACUGAGGGUGAAAAUGAGAAGGUUCAUCUCUUCUAUGGCAGAACACCGGGCACAAUUGUUAGUCCUCGAGGACCUCGAGACUUUGGAUGGGAUCCGUGUUUCCAGCCAACGGGAUACACUGAGACCUACGCUGAAAUGGACAAGAAGGUGAAAAACAGCAUCUCCCACCGAUAUCGCGCCGUGGAUAAUUUUAGGGACUUCAUCUUGGCACAAAAGUGAUUCCAUUAAAAAUCGUAUUUGAAUUCCA